CUCGCUCUCCAGAUAGGCCUCAAUCAGGAUAUGGUGCUAGCACUAAUGGUCAAGAUAACACUGGAAGGUUAGGAUUAAUGACAUACAAACAGUUUACCCAAGUUCUUGAGGAUGAUGUUUCACCAGCUCAAGCUGGGAGCAGGUACCAAGAAUACAGGACAGAAUACAUUGCUACUCAGAAACGUGCUUAUUUUGAUUUCAAUAAGAAUGAAGAUUGGUUGAAAGACAUGUACCAUCCAACAAAAUUAUUAUCUGUUAUUGAAAGGAGGAAUGAAUUUUGCAAGACUGUUGCAAAAAAUUUGAUUCUCGACCUGCGGAAUGGAACUUUGGAUCUUGGUCCUGGAGUGACUGCUGAUGCACCAACUAAAUCAGGAGGCAAGGAUGGAAGCCCUGAGGAUGAUGCAGAUUAUGGUGAAAGGGAAAGAAAGCAUGGAAGAGGUCCCCAGAAAGAGAUAGAACUGCUUUCAGCUGCUCCUAAAGCUCAUCCGGUCAGUUCACAGUACAGAAGGAUUCACGCUGACAUAGAGCGAACUCUUGCUUUGUUGAAAAAGCUUGAUUCAGAGAAGGAUAUUGCGGGAAACAUCCUAUUAACUGGUGUUCAGGGCAAGUCAAAUGUUGAUAAAUCAUUCAGCAGGUCCAUGGGGCCUGUAGUUAUUGUCCGGGGCUUAAAUACUGUGAAGGACCUUGAAGGUGUUGAGCUCCUAGACACUCUCCUUACUUAUCUGUGGCGUGUCCAUGGUGUUGAUUACUAUGGCAUGUAUGAGAUGAAAUAUGCAAAAGGUUUUCGUCAUGUGAGAGCUGAAAACAAGAGUGGCAGUAUGGUUGAAAACAUCAAUGCUGCUGAUUGGGAGAAGAAACUGGAUUCCUUCUGGGAAGAAAGACUGAUGAAUGGUGGGGAUCCUCUAGUUGUAUUGACUGCCAAGGACAAAAUUGGUGCAGCAAUUGUUGAAGUUCUAGAAACUUAUGUCAGAAAAUUGCAGGAUGAGAAGUAUGUCUGGAAGUAUGGUUGUGGUGCCAAUGGAUGUGAAAAGCUUUUUCAUGCUCCUGAGUAUGUUCACAAGCAUCUGAGGCUCAAGCAUCCUGAUUUGGUCUCUACUUUGGCCUCAAAAGUCGAAAACAAUAUCUAUUUCCAAAAUUACAUGGAUGAUCCAGAUGCUCCAGGAGGAGAACCAGUUAUGCAGAAAAUGGAACCUGAUAGAAUGAGACGAAGGCCUGAUGAACAAAUGUAUGGUGCUUCUGGUGGACGUGGUUCAGAUACUCUACUUCUCUCCAAACCUUCACUAGUACUAAUACCUGUGCCUGGUGCUGGCCCAUAUGGUCCAUUUGUUCCUGCACCUCCAGAGAUGGCCAUGCAGGUGAUUCAGAAAGGAUUUCCAGGACCAGAUGCUGCUCGACACUGGAAGCCUUCGGUGCUGGGACCAAUGCUACCCAUGCAUCCAUCAUUUCCACUUGACAGCCGUACUUAUCGAAGUUACAAAGAUCUCGACGCUCCAAAGGAAGAAAUCACUGCUGUUGACUUGAGAAGAUUGUAGAGAAUUUCCAGUUGCCCUUUUUGAUUUCGCUGAUAACCACAGCUAGUUCAUCCUGAUAGCAAGUACAACCAGUAUAUCUGACGUGAAAGCAGGUUACGUUCGGUUCCUGAGGCAUGACAAGCCGGAAAGUUUUUUUAGGUCUCCAAUAUGAUGCUUCAUCAUGUUCUGCAGGCUCUAGCACGUCCAAUACGCUCAUAUAUGAGGAUAUUUUAGAUAGAAUUCUCAUACAACAGUUACCUGUGUUUCACUACUGUGUUUGUCCAUUUGUGAGAAACACAA